AUGAGACGGAAUAAAAGCAAGAAGAAGGGUCCGGGAAGUCACAUUCCGAAGCAUUUGCAAGCCAAUGUGUCGAAUCGAAUGCGGCAAGAGAUGGGUAAAGAAGAAUUCGAGAAUGAAACGUCGAGCCAGAUAUCGAGUCACGGUUCGGAAUCAUCCAGCUCGACCAUGGGGUUGUCCGUCGAAGCCCCAACGCCAAUGGCCAUUAAAGUGAUGGGAAACACGCUGCGCACCUACGAUUUGGAAUUGCAGGACGUUUACUCGAUGAGCACCGGUACGAUUACUUACGAAUCUCUCAUUAGCCACGAUGAUCCGAAGAAACCAAACCUUGAAGAAAUAAAAACUCUGCCAGAAGAACCAAUACUUAUGGAGUAUGCUGAGCUCUUAAAUGCCUCGAAAACAAUGGUUAGCCGAGUUAACGAAGCCGAUUUUCACGGCACAGUGAUGGGUCCUUCAAAACCAGAAACGAACCAUUGUGCCAAACGACAAGUUGUUUCUAAUGGGUUUUCUGAGCAAGAAUUUGUCACAAAGCUGAUGCAAGACUCGCUUAAGCAAUUCCAACAAACAUAUCGUAACGAUCUCCAUAUGCAAUUUUUGUUCUCGCAAAAUUCCGAUUCGCCGGCUUUGGAAAUGCGAAUCGUGCAGCAAUUUAAAGGAAAA